UUGAGUACUGCUUAAGGAAAUAUAAUCAAAGACUUGAACACUAUAAAUAGGGCAUGUCUUCAUCCACUCCAAGUCACAAAAAUUUAGGUUGAUUACUUUCUUAAUUGAGUUGGAAAAUGUCGACCCCAUUAACGUUGUCAUCUCCAAACCAUUUGCCUCAAAAUUUUGUGGUGCCAUUGAAGAAAAGGCCAGAAAAAGAAGUUCCUCUUGGAAAGGACAUCCCAAUCAUUGAUAUAGGACAACCUGAAGACUUCCUUGUCGAACAAAUCAGCAAGGCAUGUCGAGAUUUCGGACUCUUUCAGGUGGUCAAUCAUGGAGUUCCGGAGAACCUAAUGGCAGAGGCAAUGAAAGUCUUGAAAGAGUUUUUUGCUCUCCCUGCUGAGGAGAAGGCAAUGUUUUAUGACGAAGAUGGCAAGCCAAAUGUCCUUGUACCAAAUUAUUCUCAGAAGGCAAAAUUGUAUACUGAUGGGAACAAGACCUCAGAAGGGGAGUUCAACUUUUGGAGGGAUAGUUUAGCACAUGGUUGUCAUCCACUAGAUGAAGAACUUGUCAACAGUUGGCCAGACAAGCCAGCAACAUAUAAAGAGGUGAUAGGUGAAUAUGCAGUGGAAGUAAGGAAUUUGGCUAAAAAGGUAUUGGACAUCAUCUGUCGAGGCUUAGGACUUCCAUUGGGUUAUUUCAUAAAAGAAUUGAUCCAAAAUCAGUUGAUGUUCAGUAACUACUACCCUCCAUGUCCUGAACCAAGUUCCGCAUUGGGAGUCGCAGGUCAUUAUGAUUCUAACAUCAUCACUUUAGUUCAGCAAGAUCUGUAUGCACUCCAGUUUCUCAACAAAGACGGGCAAUGGAUCGGCGUUGAGCCCAUCUCUAACGCUUUUAUCGUGAUACUUGGAUUGACUUUUAACGUUAUUACCAACAAUGUGAUGGAAGGAGCAGUCCAUAGGGUUGUGACAAAUCAAACCCAUGAUCGAUUAUCCAUUGUUACCUUCUUUACUCCUGCCAAUUCAACCACUAUUGUACCAGCAAAGCAACUUUUAAGCGAAAAGCAACCACCAUUAUAUAGACCUUACACAUAUCUUGAAUAUCUUGGCAAUUAUCUAGGUGAUGAUUCUGACUAUGAUGCAGCUUUGAAACCCUAUAAAAUAUGAUCUGUCUUAGUGUUGUUUAAGAAGUUGUGUUCUUUCAAAUAAAUAGAGUGAACAUCUAUGCGUUGGGCAGGUUGGUAUGUAUUUCAAAUAAAUUGAGUGAACCUUGGGUAUUGUUUGG